UAAAAACUCUAGCUCCGCCUCUGUGAACAAAUCCUCCAUUUGACCAUCUGAGGUAUUGAAGAAUCCCAUUUAUCCUUAAAAGUUAGCCUUUUGAACCAUUCACCUUUGUCCUGAGCCAGCUAACCUCUUAUUCUUGACUUGUUUCUGCAAAUUAUAUCAUAUCCACUGUAAAUGACAGCUAAUUGUUAUCAAAGUCUUCAUGUGUGCUUGGGCGGCUGUUCACAAUCAUUUCAAAAAGAUACAAAUUACUCACCAAAACUCAAGAGUACCUUUGCAUACAUGGACUCUUUCUUCUCUUCUAUAUAAGGAAACUAUCUUAUCAAUCAUUUCAUCUCACAGAAACAUCUUCCUUCUCUUACAAUAUUUUCUCCUUACUUUUUCUGCUAGUUCGGAACUGAUGCAUAUUUAAUAUUGUUGUUUUGCUUCUUUUCUUUAGUUCUUGUAAUGGCUAAGCACUUUCUCCUGCUGAAUCUGAUAGCACUAAGUUUCUGCUGUGCUGUGUUAGCUUUUGAGUCAAGUCCAAUGCAAGAUUUCUGUGUGGCCGAUCUUGCUAGCACAGGUACUUUAAAGGUAAAUGGCUUAGCUUGCAAAGAUCCCAAGUCUGUUAUCUCAGAGGAUUUUUUCUUCGGUGGCCUACAUUUGGCUGGAAACACAUCAAACACUUUUGGCUCCAAGGUAACUCGUGUUAACGCGACUAAAAUACCAGGACUGAACACUCUAGGUAUCUCACUGGCACGCGUAGACUAUGCACCAUGGGGAGUUAAUCCGCCUCACACUCACCCAAGAGCUACUGAAAUAUUCACAGUCCUUGCCGGUUCUCUUCAAGUUGGUUUCGUAUCUUCAAAUCCUGAAAAUCGCCAUAUUACUAAGGUCCUUAAAAAAGGCGAUGUGUUUGUUUUUCCAAUUGGACUUGUUCACUACCAACGCAAUGUGGGAUAUGGAAAUGCUGUUGCUGUUGCUGCUUUGAGUAGUCAGAAUCCUGGUGUUAUAAGCAUUGCUAAUGUAGUUUUCGAAUCAGAACCAGCCAUAGCAACAGAUAUUCUUGCCAAGGCUUUUCAAGUUGAUGAAACUGUGGUUGCUCAGAUACAAUCAAAGUUCUAAAGCAACAGCAAAUAUGGCAACUUCAGAAGUGUGUUAUUUGUCAC